AUGAGAGGAGAAAAAUUUCCCUUUUUUCUUCUUCCUCCUUCUCUUUCCACACUCUUUUCUCUGUUAAACCCUUUCGUCUCUACUCCAAAGUUGACUUUGACAAUUAAGAGGGAAAUGGAAGGAACGCCUCCAAACUCGAAGCACACUGCGUCGCCAGAGAGGAGAAGUGAUGUCAUGCCUCCUGACAGUGAUGGUAGCUCUGAUGACUCUGAUUCUCAGGGAAAUCAGCCGGACACACGUACAAGUGGUACUUUCAGAAAAAUAAGACGAACCCUGUUCUCGAAAGAUUAUGUUCCACAUUGGGACUCAACGGCAGCUUUUCGUGAAUUCUACAGAACUGGUAUGCGCGAUGCCAUUAUUGUUUCGUUUCAAGUAAAACCCCCCGAGUUUAGACCGGAAUACGAGGAAUCAGCCAGUGCUAUUACAAUAAAAGUACUGAAACCUCGAAGACAAGACAGCAGCAGAGAUUGUGCUCCGAUUAUGGGCUACAUCAGGUACAUCAAGAACACCAAGAGGGUCGAGCUACUAAAUGCGAACGCUCGACUUGACCCGAAGCAUAUUAAACUCGGGAGCAGUUCGAAACACAAAAAUAAUGUGCUCGCUGGAUGUCAUGGGGAAGGGUUCAAACUCGCCGCAUUGGCUAUGUCUCGAGAAAACUACCAAGUUCGCUUCGAAGCCAACAACCUCUAUUGGAAUUUUGGAUUUCGUGGUCCGGAGAAAAACCGUUUCUAUGCAACUAUCACCAAUAGUAAAGGUUUAACCCCGCCAUCUGAUUCAGAGUGCCAGAAAGCUGUAAAAGGACUCACCGGAUUUUCACGACGCCAUCCGUUCGAUGUUUUGGUUACCAUUGGAUCUGGACCAAGUGGAACAGCUCGAGAAGUACAAGUGGACGAGUUUCAGCGCUGGUUAGACAUCAUAUUUGAUGUUCGUCGUCCAUCGGACCCUGCUUCUGUUAUCGAAACGGAUCACGGAGAUUUAAUUCUCGAUCCAGCUUUUUCUGGAAAAUUGUACCUCAAGGGUCUUUUGCUACCGAACGCCAACCAAGCGGCGAAGAACUUCAUACAGGGAUAUAACUUCUUCUAUGGAAAGAACAUAUGGGAGAGUGCCAUCGAUAAAGAGGAGGCUAUCUGCCUCCCGAAAUUUGUUCACCUCCUGAGAUACUGUUCUGAGUAUCCCGAUAUCAGACUGGUCGAGCCACUCUUUGACUCUCGUAUUAGAAAGAAAAUUUGGAAUUUUCUACGUCAUGAAGCAAACGAUCGGUUAUUCUACUACCGCGACAAAAGUGGACACAAGGAAUUCGAUCUCAUCGAAACAAGCUUAAGGAAGCAGCCAGUUCCGAUACCAGAGAUUCUUUGGACCUUGCUUCGUCGCGAGGGAUUGAUUCGGAAUGCACACGAGGAGCAAGCUCACAUAUUCAGAAAGUCCGAGCCAUCUCGUUGCCCCUCUGCGAUCUUUCCCCGGACAAUUCGUCACGCCUUCCAAGCUCUUAUGGCUAGAGCAUGGUGCAACGGGGAUGGACAAGAUGCCGCAUAUGCUUGUGCUACUUCUGACCUUGAGCAAUCAUGGCGGGCCCAAACUGGCCCACCCAGAACGACAGAACGGGGUGACCUCCUUACCGUGCGCGAACUGGCCCGGCUGCAAGGAUUCCCGGACGACUUUGUCUUCUACGGAAGCAAAGAACGACAGUACGAGCAAGUCCUUGAAGCCUUCCCGCCUCCUGUUGCAAAGGCGAUUGCGGAACAAAUGGAAUGUAAUCACAUCUUCUUACUCCAAGCCUCGGAUUCUACGGUGGUAGAAGUACAAAAUGCUCUUCCAGAUUGGGAAUGGGAGACAGCGAUAAUGGAAGUUGAUAACAAUGAAUAA